AUGAAAUUCCUCAUCGUUCUUGGAGUGAUCGUGGCCGCCUUUGCAGUUCCAAGAAGCAAACGGGCAGCAUACGACCUUCCAGACGGGGCAGAACUCCUUGUGGGCGCCUACAAGACGUCCUUCCAGUGUCCAGCAAGAAACGGAUACUUCGCCGACACUGACAACAACUGCCAACUGUUCCACGUGUGCAACGUUGUAACGCAUCCAGACGGAAACACGGAGGUCCAACAGUACAGCUUCUUGUGUGGUAACCAAACAGUCUUCAAUCAGCUCACCCUCACGUGCGCCUUUCCGGAGGAGGCCGUACCGUGCGCGAACGCUCCUGACUUCUUCUAUGUGAACGACAAAAUUGGUAUCCCCGAUGCACCUUUCCUGACCGAUGACGACGUCCUGAAGGCUGCCCCGCUCAUACCUGGAUACAAGGCUGCAGCCUCGGAAGCCAAACCCGCUGUCGUACCCAGACCCCGUUUCUAA